UUUUUUUUUUCAGGGAUACCGGCGGGCCAUGGGCGGCAGACAGGCAGGAAGGCAGGCAGGGAGGCAAGGGAGAGGGCAAUGGAAGGAAAGGCGGGCAGGGAAAAGAAAAAGAGAUGAUGACUACUUAACUUACUUGGCCGUUUUGAUAAUUCGUUGACAAACGGACUUGAGAAAGGGACAAAGUCAAUAAUAUCCAUUAAAGCUUAAUGGUAUAGCUAGGCUCCGGGAUGGGGAAUGAUGGAUAUAAUACCAGAUGUUUUGAGUGGAAACGUGGAAGCGGGAUGGAAUGACAAAUGAUGAGAAAGAAAGCAAGCAAGAACAAAGUUUACUUAAUGAUAUUGUGUGGCCUCUCCCUCACCUUGGUUGUUAUUUUUUUUGGGUUUUGUGCUCGACUGGGCAAUGAUGAGAGAAGAGACAGAGAGAGAGAGCGAGGGGGGAGAGGUUGUUGGAGAAUGGUCAUGUUCAUGAAUGAAUUAGUAACAUUAAUGGUCAGUGUCAGUCUAGUCAAUCAGUCAGUCACCAAGGGCUGCAUCAGGAUUUGGAGAUAUAUAUAUUCAAGAAACCUCUUUUCAUGAUGGCAUUCUUCUUCUUCCAGCUUAUUCUUCUUCAGGAGUCAGGAGUCAGGGGUACCCUAAAGAGGUAGAGAGAGAGAAACUAUUCUGAGUAAUAGAGAAGAGAACACAAGACCUCUAGAGAAGUAGCAGAGGAGGAGAUAAUACCAACCAAGUUGAAGCUCUCCACUACCAUAUCAUCAUCU